GGUCACACUGUUUGGCGGUCUUUCUUGUUUACUGCAUUUCAUCUCUUGCCGAAAUUCGGAAAUUCUCGCAGCUUCCACCGAAAAUCCAAUCUAAUUAACUGCAUUAAGAUGAUGGAACCCUUUGAUCCACGCUCAAUCAUCAAUGGCAGCAUGCUGAAGCAGUUUUCCGGCCAGACGGUGAGCAUAAUGGUGCGCGUGGAGAGCGUGGCCGGGACCACUUUGCUGGCCAGUUCCACGGACAAGCACAAGCUGCGCAUUAAUUUGCCGGGCGAGCUGGACGUCGCCACAGGAGCCUGGGUGGAGGUGAUCGGAGUGCCGCAUGGCGCCGACUCCCUCAGGGCCAAAGAGGUUAUAGAGUUUGGCGGCGAGAACAUUGAUUUCGAUACGGAUGGCUACAAUGGGAUGGCCCACCUCAUCAACAAUGUGAAGGGCUUCUAUCGCAGUGGCUAGGGGAGCACUUUCCAUAGUUUAGGCUUAGGAACUAGGGUAUUAAUUAUAAGCUUGAAAUUUUCCUUCCUUUUUUUCUACCUUGCCUCUCACAAAAUCGGUCUGCGAACUGAAAUAUAAACUGUAAUUUGCUGAAAUAUCAGAAAUUCCCAUUGAAAUUGAAACAAAUCA